AUGUGGUCAGUCCUCUGGCCUUUAGUCCCUUCCGAGCUCCCCCAUUGGCUGCAGACUGUGAGAACCUCCAGCAAACCCAGGACUCACACAUUCAUAUGGAGAUUAGAGAGUAUAAAUAGAGGAGGGAGAGAGAGAGAGCUCAGCACAGCUCAGAUCUUCUCCUCACACAGAGCUAACAGAAGAAACACAGCCAUGGCUCCUACAAUCACUGCAUCAAUCAUCAACUCCAACCACCUUCUUCCACUUACUAAUAAGCUGAGAAAGCCAAUAGUGGAGAAGAUGCGUAGAGAACGCAUCAACAGCAGCAUCGAGAAGCUCAAGUCUCUGCUGGGUGGAGAAUUCCUAAAGCAACAGCCUGAUUCCAGACAGGAGAAAGCCGACAUCCUGGAGAUGACAGUUUAUUUCCUGAGACAGCAGCAGCAGUCACACAAGAAGUGGAGCUGCUCCUCUGCAGCUGAUGAAGGCUACAGCAGGUGUGUGCAGGAGGCCAUCCACUUCCUGUCUCAGUGUCAAGUACACACUCAGUCCCAGAGAAGACUGCUGAGCCACUUCCUCACCAUGCAGCCUUCCAUGGAGAAGAGCAGAAGUGGCGUUCCUCAGCUCAGCUCUCCAGCCUGCCAGAUCAGCAGCAAAGAGGAGACUCCAGGCUGCAGUGGCCUCUGGAGACCCUGGUAGAGCCGCAUGGACACUUUACCAUUAGGAAACCAGCUUACAAAUGCCACAUUGGCAUUAACUACGUUUUCCUAAAGUGUGUUAGAAUAUUUUGUCCAACUUUUCAUGGACAAAAUAUGACAUGUGUAGAUGUUUCCAUCACUAUGUAUUUUGGAAACCAAGACGAAUUGCUGCAUCUUUCAAGGAUUUUCCAAAAUCUUUAUGUAUACAGAAUGCCCAUAUUGGGUAUUAGGUCUCUGCAUUUGCAGAAUGUUUGAAGUCUGAUAUCAUUUGAUGAAAGCUUUUGCUUCUUCUUGUAUUAUAAUUCUUACUGUGUAAGAAAACAUCUUUAUGAAAUAUAUAUUAGGGAUUUUAUUUGAACAAAUUAUUGUUCUUCUAUAAUAUUGAACCAACCAGGGCCAACAAUUCUUGUUGAUUGGAAAAAUACAUGGUUUGGCAUGUGCUUUAUUCCUUUAGCUACAUUAGCUUUGUGCAAUUUUUAGUGAGUUAAUUGUGAGACUACAGUUAUCCACCCUGGAAAUAACUUGAAUUUGCCUUCAGUGAAGGCAUAAAUGUUGUCUUAUUUGUAACCUUAUAUAAGAUGCAAAAUUAUUGUGUCAAUAUGUUCUCAAAAUAAAAUCAAAUGAUACAAUCAAAA